AUGAAGGUAUAUUUUAUCUACGAGGGGAAGGAUGCGAAUGGGUGCGUCGUGGACAGCGACCUGGCCGAGCCGUACAAGGUGAAGAUUGACAUCCCGGCCAAGUGGCUGAAUGGCCCAUGCGAGCAGUUGAUUCGUUUCGUUGUGGCAACGUACAACAAGAAGAGCCCCAAGCGGCCUCUUGUGGCGGAGGAGCUCGGCCUGUGGCUGGGCAACGUGGAGCUGCGCCCGGUGGACAUUGUGGAGGCACGCAUCCACGAGUACAACGACCUGCACCUCCGCCACGCGGUGAGGUCGGAGCAGCAGCAGCAGAAGCCGGGGUCGCUCGUGUGCACCAACUUUGGCUGCGGACAGUUCUUCCUACCGGAGGAGAACCACGACGCGGCGUGCCGCCACCACGCGGAGCCGCCAGUCUUCCAUGAUGUGGAGAAGUACUGGCGCUGCUGCCCGACGCGGCGGGCGCGCGACUGGGACGAUUUUAAGGCGAUCCCGCCGUGCCGCACCGGUCCGCACAGCACGGAGAACCGGCCGGUGUCCUUCACAAGCGCUUCUGUCACGAACGUCCCGCUCUCGGAGGAGCAACUCAAGGCGGUGGUGAGCGGCAACAACAGCAGCGGCGGCAGCAGCAGCGGCGAUGUUGCGCCCCGCCGCACCACUGGGCCGCGGGAGUUUGAAGGGGCGGCACAGGGACAGCAGCCGCAGGCGAUUGUGGACGGCAAGGCAAGGUGCCGUAACUACGGCUGCCAGAAGGAGUUUGUGGUGAGUGAGAAUAGCCCAACGGCGUGCUGCUACCAUAGCGGGGGGCCCGUCUUCUGGGAUACUUACAAGUACUGGAAGUGCUGCCCCGAUAAGAAGCGCUACGAGUUCGAUGAUUUUGUAAAGAUCCCUGGGUGCUCAGUGGGCCCGCACCAGUUGUAA